AUGGAUCAAUCCAAUACUCACGUUCAGAGCAAGGCUCCUCUUGACGUUUCUACACCAACAUGCCCUCGCCGGGACUCUACACACAUCUCCCGAAAGACUAGCUGGGGAACGCCGAUUCCACCACCCUCAAACCAAAGGUCUACCAGCGAACUCCAGGGUGACGUCUUUGAUGAUGUUGACCUCAAUGCUAAUUGUGGUAGCUCUGCCACCAGUGAAGGCGGCGAGGCAUGGAACACAUUGGAUAACAUAGCUGCUUUGGGCCUGUCGUUCAAUACAGAUGACUCUGAAGCAGAAUAUACGCCUCAACGGAAAAGAUUCUCAUUAGAUGAUCUAGAACCCGUUCGUAAUCGACCCUUGCCCUUGGAACCUGAGCGGCCCUUCAACAAAUGGAUGAGAACGCUUCAGAGGGGAGCUAUACAACGGCGAAAAACGGUGAGUUGCGACUUGGACGGUUCGGCACUGGAAAGAGAGUUCUUCGAUUUGCCAUCCCAGCCAGGCAGGACUCGCCAUAAGAAAUCUUCGUCCGGAUCUUCAUUCGGAUUUGUAACAGCAGUCAAAAGUGCCAGUAUCAGUCUCGCCAGCUUGAGCAUCGCCCCACGAUCGAGAAAAACCGGGGUUUCAUCUCGCCAUCAUAGGACAGACCGUAGCAGCAAGGCUUCGAACGUCGGGCGGCUUUCAGAAGACAGCUCCUAUAUGGUGCGUGAUAUUGCCAUUGAUCAGGAAGUCAUGAACCGUCUACUCCAACGCCGUCGAGUGCUUGAAGAGAUUAUAACAACCGAAGAGAGCUAUGUUGCCGACGUGAAAUUCCUCAUGAACGUUUAUGCGACCCUCAUGGCGACCAUUCCGACCCUGUCUUUGAAUCUUAGAGCGUCCAUCAAUCGGAACCUGAACGAAAUUGUUGAGCUACACGAAGAGCUCCUAGGAGACCUCCAUCGUGCCGUACCUCAUUCUGAAUACACACAAUUAGAGUGCGCUGGCUCAACGUUGUCGCCAUCAGCUCAUGGGCACAAUAGAUGGCACAGCCUAGACGCUGUGCCAGAACAUGCUGGAGGGGCUUCCUGGCUUCAGAAAAUUCCCGGCAUGACUGCCGAACCGAAAGUGGCAGCUUCGGUUGCGGCAGUAUUUGAGAAAAAGAUGAAUCGUUUCUUCGUGUAUGAGGAAUAUGGUGCCAAAUAUGAAUUGAUGCUCAAGGACGUGGCAUCCGCAUAUAGGACCAUGCCGCAGUGGGACGCAUAUCAAAGAGGGCUGGAGGCUUUGGCAACGUCACUAUCCUCAAUUAACACUCAACAUGGCAACUCAAAGAAAUCUUUGACUAUCGGUGAUCUACUUGUCAAACCAAUCCAACGGGUGUGCAAAUAUCCACUUUUGUUCGCAGAGCUUUUAAAGCAAACCCCAGUUUGUGAUUGCCCUGAUUCUCAUAUGGCUAUUGAAGAUGUCCUUAUUAGAUUGAGGGAGGCCACUACGGAGAUCAACCGAGCAACUGAUGAUCCUCGAAUGAAGGCUACCAUGGAAAAAUCAUGGCUGUUACAAGAUCGUCUCCUGUUUCCUGACAAGUCCGAAGCCCUCUCUAAGAAUUUUGUUCGCAGUCUUGGACACAUUUAUCUUUGUGGCGUGCUUCACGUAUCCUGGCAGACCAAGGAUGGUGUAAAUGGCCAAUAUUUCAUCACCCUUCUAUACCGUGACUUCAUCUUACUAGCUUCCGCUAGCAAAGUCGACCAAAGAUAUACAGUUCAAGCUUGCAUAGGAUUAAAUGAGCUUAGGGUCGAGGAGACUGAUAAUGGACGAGGAUUGCAAUGUCACACAGCUCCAUUCUCGUGGAAGCUCGUAUUCGAAUACGAUCAUCAACUCUUUGAGAUUACUAUGACUGCCUGCUCACCCAAAGAAGAGCUUGAAUGGCGAAGCCGUCUCACUAAUUGGACUAUAGCGAGAAGAAUCUCCAUCCACAGAGCAACGACCGUAGGCCCAAAGUCAGGACUCUGCCAGGUUAUCAUCAAAAAUACGAACUCCCGCAAAAGUAUGCCCCAUUCGGCAUCAUGUGCCUCUAUUAGCAGGUCACAAUCUCUUCUCACGACAAACCGCAUCCCAGUCCUGGCACCGUCCCGUGCAGAACGAGUUCGACUUGAAACUCUUCUCGCUGAUGUCUGGACCCGAGACAUUCUUCCGUUCCCGGGAAUGACAGGUCGAGCUCGCAGCGAACAUCUCGUUCGUGCAUCUGCCAGUUCCAUGAUGCGGAAAUUGAGUGUUGCAAGUUUUGCUAGUAACUUCACAAAGCGGUCCAGUAGCAUAGCAAGUCUGCACAAGGCUACAGAAGAUGAUUCGUCAACGGGUAUCGACGCACAAAAGACUGCUCCAGCUCGAGGCGAGCAUAGUUCAAGUGACGUGACGACACUGCAAGAGGCCGAGGACAUGUCAAAGUCACGAUUGUCAGUCAUUCAAGAUGAAAAGGAGAACGUUCAAAAUGAUUCCGUUGAGAGUCUCCCUUCAAUCAUGUUUGGGUCGGAUGACAGCGGAGCAGCAACCCUGCGGAGAUCUGCUACAAGAAAGAUCCAAAGCAGUUGGACUCCUGAUGGACAGAGGAUUACCACCCCACCCUUGAGAACGUCAAGUGCGAACAGUUUUAAUCAGAGCAGAACGACCCUAUUAUCAACGGUGUCCGGUGUUCCAAUAGAAGCGAAGGAGAACGUACCGAGAGUGCAACCAAUCCGGAAGGCACAGAAACAUGGGAAACGGGGUAAAGGGGCAGGCAAAAACAGGGCCGUGGCAGAGGGUAUUCUUAGCAUUUUUCGUUAAUAUUAUCUUGCUUGUGGGUCGGUUGUUGGAUCGACAUGUCCUUGAGGUUGACGGGGUAGAAUUAGGUCUGGCCCAAAUCUGUAUAUAUAAAGCAUACUUCUCGGGUUAUGGCGAUGGUAAGGGAAGUCGGUCUACGUCAAUUUCGGAUGAUCGGGGUUUGGGGGGUAAACGUUUCUAGGUUUUGGGACGUUGGUACACG